GCCUAGUUACGGUGCAGGGUGUUGCCCCCCAGUCCGUGGUACCUGAUGCAAGUAGGAGCGUGUCUGACGCCACCAUGCCCGAGGUAGACGCCGGGGUGAAGAGCGGGCAGGGUGUUGCCCCCAGUCCGUGGUACCCGUUGCAAGUAGGGGCAUGCCCGACGCCACCAUACCCGAGGUAGACGUCGGGGUGAAGAGUGGGGUUCCCCCACGUCAUGGGGAACAAGCCGGUAAGAAGAAGAAAGGUGUGAAUCCUCCUCUUUGAUUCGGGAGCGGAGAAAUAGUUCAACCGGUACUAAUCCAUUUUACUCUGUUUAUUUUCUUGCAGAGGUUGCUGGUAUGCGGGGCAGGCUCGCUGCUCUGGCCGCAGAGGAGGACGCCAGGUUCCGGCCUUCGAGGACCGAAGUCAUUCCCUUCAUCGUGGAAAAACAACACGGGGCCCCUCCUGUUAACCAGCCAGCUCCUACCCUCAGUGCUUCAUCGAUUUUGGAUAUGGCGCGCUCUAUCAAAUCUUACAGCGCGGGGCUAAUGGACACAGCCGUCGCGCUUCAAACAAUAGGUCGUCGUCGCGAUGAGCUCCAGCACCAGGCUGACGAGGCUCACCGUCACUCGGUUGCCGUUCAGCGUCGGGCGGACGAAGCAACAGCUGCUCUGUCCGAGCUUCAGUCAAAAUAUGACUUUCUACAAUCGAAGUAUGAUCGACUGCAAGCAUCGUUCACGGAUGCGGGGUGUCAGGCAGUUGCGGCAUUUCAAACUUCCCCGGAAUUUUCAAAAAACAUCACUUCGAAGCUGGAGGCUCACCGCUCAGAGCAGGUCUAAGCAUGGUUGAAAACCGAGGAGGGUCAACUUUGGCGGGAUAAGGAAAUUCUCAUGUCCUUCAGGUGUGGCCGAUACGACAUGCAGACCACGUUGUACAAUAGGCUGGCAGAGUUCUAUCCCGACUUCGAUCCCGAAAAAUUUGGUUUGCCCGAAAUCAUGCCAGAUCCUGACGGGGCCAACGAGCAAGCGAACGAUUUGCCCCUUUUGCACUUAGAUAUUCCAGAUGACUUGGAAGAUGCCGUUCAUGGCUUUGAUUUUGAGACUAUCCUCAAUGGUGUUCCUGAGAACAUGCCUGAUCCUUAGAUCGUAGAUAUGGUUCUCUUAUAUUGUCGUCUUUAUUCUCAUUUUUGUUGGACAUUCC